AUGUGCAAGGGCUUUGCUGCCUUGUCCAGCACCUGCCUCGAGAGGGCAAAGGAGAUGAAGGUUCAUCUGGGGCAGUUCCUGCACAAGCCGAAAGCUGUUGCUGACUGUCACCGUGUUUCUCCUGAAAAGCAUGGAAAGGUUACCGUAACAACCAGACCCGGCCCCGAGGGGACAUCGAAAGGAGGAAUCGGCUUUGAGAAACUCCUGGCCACCAAACGUGGCGUGUCUGCGUUCCGUGCCUUCCUGCGGUCUGAGUUCAGUGAGGAGAACAUCAAUUUCUGGCUGGCCUGUGAGGACUACCGGGACACGAAGACCGUCCCCAAACUCACGCUCAAGGCCCAGAAGAUCUAUGAGGAAUUUAUCAAGGUCCAGGCUCCGAAGGAGGUCAACCUUGACUCGCUAACCAGGGAAAUUGUUACCAAGAACCUGUUUGAUCCAACCGGUUCCUGCUUCCAGGUGGCCCAGGAGAGAAUUUAUAGUUUGAUGGAGAAAGAUUCCUUUCCCAGGUUCCUGAAAUCAGACUUCUUCUUGCCGAUGCUUAAGACAGUGGAGCAUGGAAUAAAGGGGAGGAGGUGGGGACGGGAACCAGAGGGGGGAAUGUGUGGGUGA